GUGUAUAAGUAGGACAGGAGGGUGUGGCUUGAGAGUUCGUCACUACCACCAUUCUCUUCUUCGUCUACUUCCAGCUAGCCUGAGCUCUAGCUUAGCUCUAGCUUAGCCUGAAGAAGCUAAGAGAGGAAGCAACAAUGGAGAUUGAGAGAGAGAGCAGUGAGAGAGGGAGCAUCAGCUGGAGAGCUAGUGCGGCACAUGAUCAAGAUGCCAAGAAGCUCGACGCAGAUGAUCAGCUGCUAAUGAAGGAGCCUGCAUGGAAAAGGUUCCUUGCCCAUGUUGGUCCUGGAUUCAUGGUGUCUUUAGCCUACUUGGAUCCUGGCAAUUUGGAAACCGAUCUGCAAGCCGGAGCCAACCACAGAUAUGAGCUGCUCUGGGUGAUUCUGAUUGGACUCAUCUUCGCACUUAUCAUACAGUCGCUAGCAGCUAAUCUUGGAGUGGUUACAGGGAGGCAUCUGGCUGAGAUCUGCAAGAGUGAGUACCCCAAGUUCGUCAAGAUUUUCCUAUGGCUGCUGGCAGAGUUGGCCGUCAUCGCUGCAGAUAUCCCAGAAGUUAUAGGGACGGCCUUUGCUUUCAACAUAUUGUUCCAUAUUCCGGUGUGGGUCGGCGUCCUCAUCACCGGCACCAGCACUCUACUGCUUCUUGGCCUCCAAAAAUACGGGGUGAGGAAGCUGGAGUUUCUGAUAUCGAUGCUGGUGUUCGUGAUGGCGGCGUGCUUCUUCGGGGAGCUGAGCAUCGUGAAGCCGCCGGCGAAGGAGGUGAUGAAGGGGCUCUUCAUCCCCAGGCUCAACGGCGACGGCGCCACCGCCGACGCCAUUGCCCUCCUCGGAGCUCUUGUCAUGCCCCACAAUCUGUUCUUGCAUUCUGCCUUGGUGCUAUCGAGGAAGACACCGGCAUCAGUCAGAGGAAUCAAGGACGGGUGCAGGUUCUUCCUGUACGAGAGCGGGUUCGCGCUGUUCGUGGCGCUGCUGAUAAACAUCGCCGUCGUCUCCGUCUCCGGCACCGCCUGCUCCUCCGCCAACCUCUCCCAAGAGGACGCCGACAAGUGCGCCAACCUCAGCCUCGACACCUCCUCCUUCCUUCUCAAGAACGUGCUGGGCAAGUCGAGUGCGAUCGUGUACGGCGUGGCACUGUUGGCAUCUGGGCAGAGCUCCACUAUUACCGGCACAUACGCUGGACAGUACAUCAUGCAGGGUUUCUUGGACAUCAGGAUGAGGAAGUGGCUUCGGAACCUGAUGACAAGAACCAUCGCCAUCGCGCCGAGCCUCAUCGUCUCCAUCAUCGGCGGCUCCAGGGGCGCCGGCCGCCUCAUCAUCAUCGCUUCGAUGAUACUGUCCUUCGAGCUGCCGUUUGCUCUCAUCCCUCUUCUCAAGUUCAGCAGCAGUAAGAGCAAGAUGGGGCCCCACAAGAACUCUAUCUAUAUAAUAGUGUUCUCGUGGUUCCUGGGUCUGCUCAUCAUCGGCAUCAACAUGUACUUCCUGAGCACGAGCUUCGUCGGCUGGCUCAUCCACAACGACCUCCCCAAGUACGCCAACGUGCUCGUCGGCGCCGCCGUCUUCCCGUUCAUGCUCGUCUACAUCGUCGCCGUCGUCUACCUCACCAUCAGGAAGGACUCCGUCGUCACCUUCGUCGCCGACUCCUCCCUCGCCGCCGUCGUCGACGCCGAGAAGGCCGACGCCGGCGACCUCGCCGUCGACGACGACGAGCCCUUGCCGUACCGCGACGACCUGGCCGACAUCCCGCUCCCAAGGUAGAGAAGAAGAAGAUCGACAUGCAUACGUAUGGUAUAGCGUAUGUAUACGUACGUAUAUACGCGUACAUUGUGAAUAUACGUACUUACGUACGUAUAUGUGCAUCCUCUAUGGAUGCCACGUGCGUGCGUCGGAGCCGUUCGUUUAUAUUUGUGCGGUCCAGAUCGCUCGCAGAUCGAUCGAUCGACAAGGGUGUGCAAUUAAUAUAUAAGCAUUUGAGGGGAGGUGGCUCAUGUAUCCUUGUAAUUUAUAUGUACGAUAUGAUUUAUCAUAAUUCAGGGCAGAGCCAACGUCCUUCAAUUUUCUGUGAUGAAUCAACUACUAUUAAUUAAUUAAUUAAUUAAGCAAUUAGAUUAAUA